UGUGAUGUGUGUGUGUGAUCGUGGGCUCGGCGAUACACUGACAGCUGUGCGAUACAAUGUUACUGCGACGGGUGAGAAUGGAAUAAUCUACGGCACAUAUAAACACCCCGUAGAGCAGCCGCGUGGAUUGUGUGUUGAUUUAAUGAGGACAGUCGUGAUUAGAAACACCCUGAUGUCUUUACACGACCGUUUGGCACGGGAGUGAUCUCGCAGAUCGCAGAGCCCGUGUUUCACCCCGUCAUCCGCAGCUGUUCCACCCAUCAUCUGUUCGUUUAUCCGCACAUACACCGGUACUCAUGGGGAACAGCACAUCAUGCUGCGUGUCGUCCAGCCCGAAGCUCCGGAGGAACGCGCACUCGAGGCUGGAGCCGUACCGGCCCGAACCGGAGCUGAGCCGAGAGGACACGGGCUGCAACCUCCAGCACAUCAGCGACCGAGAGAACAUAGACGAGCUCAACAUGGAGUACAACCCUUCGGACCACCCGCGCGCCAGCACCAUCUUUCUCAGCAAGUCUCAAACAGACGUUGUUUUACCCAACAAGAAAGUUCGGGAAAAACGGAAAAGUCUGUACGUCAACCAUUUAACACACAUUGCGGAGUCAAAGCAACAUCCGUCUGGUCCAAUGAGACGCAAGUACAGCUCCUGUUCGACGAUCUUCCUGGAUGACAGCACCGUCAGCCAACCCAACCUCAAAUACACCAUCAAAUGUGUCUCCCUCGCAAUAUACUACCAUAUAAAGAACAGAAAUGUGGAGGGGCGAAUGCUGUUAGACAUUUUUGAUGAGAAACUUCAUCCACUUACAAAAUCGGAGGUGCCGUCAGACUAUGAGAAGCACGACCCGGAACAGAAACAGAUCUACCGAUUCGUCCGCACGCUCUUCAGUGCCGCCCAGCUCACAGCUGAGUGUGCCGUUGUUACUCUGGUGUAUCUGGAGAGAUUAUUAACAUAUGCAGAGAUUGAUAUCUGUCCUGCUAACUGGAAAAGGAUCGUUUUGGGUGCCAUCCUGUUGGCGUCAAAGGUGUGGGAUGAUCAGGCCGUAUGGAAUGUCGACUACUGCCAGAUCCUCAAAGACAUCACUGUGGAAGACAUGAACGAGUUGGAGCGGCAGUUUCUGGAGCUUCUGCAGUUCAAUAUUAACGUUCCAUCGAGCGUCUACGCCAAGUACUAUUUUGACUUGCGUUCACUUUCCGAGGCGAACAACCUCAACUUUCCCCUGGAGCCUCUCAGCAGAGACAAGGCCCAGAAACUGGAGGCGAUCUCCAGGCUUUGUGACGACAAAUAUAAAGACUUGAGAAAAGGAGCCAAGAAGCGCUCAGUGAGUGCAGAUAACCUGACAGUGGUCAGAUGGUCCCCGGCCAUCAUAUCCUAAUAUCGGUGGACGUCGCGGACUUUCACGAGAGACGGAGAAAAAGAAACUGUCAGAAGAAGCGUUCUCUAAGAGGACACAAACAUGCUUCGUACCUCCACGAGACUCUUGAGCCUUUCUCCCUGCUGGUCGUAUGGCUGCUGUAUAUACGAGACACCCACACAAAGAUCACUUUCCAACCUGUGGCUUAGAGGAGAGAGCGAGAGAGAGAGACACUGCUACUGCAGUUCAGAAAACAGGAGGAUAUAUAAUCGAGGGAGAAAGAUGCCUAAUGACUGGAACAGCAUUCCUACAGCUCUGUGUCAUACAUGUUUGCCAUUCUAGGUGAGGAAGUGUUCGCACCAUGAUCUUGUCUGGUUAGAAAAGUGUCGUAUCAAGAUGGCCAAAAUCAACCACUUCUCAAGAUAUCAUUCCUAAAAGUGUUGUUUUUUUUUUUUGAUCACACUAUUAAAUCACCACUGUAGUUAUACAUACUGUUAUUUAACAUUUUGUUUAAGAUUUAUUUUAGUUAAAUUAAAAGCAUCCUUAAUGACGGUUUAUUAAUCUGAAAUUAGUCUUUAAUAAUUGCACAUUAAUGGGGAAAAUAUACAAUUUGGAUAUC